AUGGUUCUCGCUUCCUCUCUCUUCUUCUGGACGUGUCGCCCAGCCCUUGAAAGCAGGGGAGAAGCAAGCAAAGGUAACCAGAUGUCGGGCAAGUUGCCCCGCCAAGAAAGGCAGGCAAGAUGUUAUCGUGGAUGUGGAAAGUGGCUCAUUGAAGGGCACAAUCGAUCGUUUAAUCCGACGGAGGGUGGCAUAACAACGAAAUGCUCCACUCUUCGCGUAAUUCAAGAAAGUUUGCUUCGAGUCCAGCAGACUGAGGAAAUGCUAUUGCUCAAUCAGUAA